AUGACAGAGCAACAGGGGUGUGGGCAGGAAGGAGGCUCUUCGCAAGCUGCGAAGCAUCGAUCGCAGCUGGAAAAGGCGGCCGCAGCAUCUGCUGCAUGUAGAUCGGGCUGGGAGCGGGGGCAGGAUUAUUUCCGCGCCGUCAUCAAGGAAUGCCAAUCCGCUGUAGCAGUCACAUCUGCUGGACUCAAUGAGUAUGUUAUCGUCUCGCAUGCGCAAGCCGGCAGCCUGCAGUUCAAGGUCUUGGUUCUGAAAGGACUGUAUCACAAGCUGCUCAGGGGGGUGUCCAAGAGGCAAGCUUUCGAGGAAAUGGCGGAGUUUUUGAAGUGGCAUCCAGCACCCUCCGUGAGUGGGAGCUUUCCUAUCGCACCAAGGGCCAUAUCCAGGACGAGUGCACCUACAGGGCCAACGACGGCCAGCGUUUCGCGUGGGUGCCACCCAACUAUUACGCGCUCAAAAAGCNCGGCGUACUUUGAGCACCGCGACUACAUGGAGAUCUGGAUCGAGGCGACUACGGACGAGGCGCGGUCCUGGGAGGUGCAAGUGCAAGAGAAGGACAGGCAAGAAGAUGGACGUGUUUGGGUUUGCGUGCAUGCCUUCAAGGAGACCCUCUCCGAAUUUCCUCUGCAUCUCCGCGAGAGGGUCACCAGCAAAAAAACUUACUCUGACGGCAGAAGAGCGAUCUUCUGCUACCAGGACGAGUGCACCUACAGGGCCAACGACGGCCAGCGUUUCGCGUGGGUGCCACCCAACUAUUACGCGCUCAAAAAGCAGGGAGACGGUCAAGGCAUUAUGAUCUCUGGCACCAUCGUCGACAACGUGGGAUUCGUUGCGGGUGACCAGGCUGAUAUCGACAAGGCGCAAACCUUGCGGCGUAAGCGGUGCGAUACUUGGGCACCCGAACACGCGGCAGGUGACCCGACCAAGCCAGAGACGUAUCGUAACAUCGACAAGCUCUACAAGGACGAAGAUGGCAAGUUCUGGACCUACUACAGAUUCGAGUACGGCAAGAGCAGGGACGGCUACUGGACGGGUGCGAAUUUGGUUGAACAAAUGGCAGAUGUAUUGGACCUCUUGGCGGUUAAGUAUCCGAAGCCCAUCUGCUUUUUCGACUGGUCAUCUCGCCACGACUACUGUAUCGAAGACGGGGCACCGAGCGCAACUCGCAUGAACGCGGGGUACGGGGGGGACACGCCCAAACUCAAGAAAGGGACGGUGCAGUACCUCACCUUUCAGGAGGGCGAGAGUCCUUUCUACGACCCGGGUGCCGAGGAUUACAUUGGCAAGCUCAAGGGGCUAAAGCAAGUUUUGUUUGAGAGGGGGCUCUGGAACGCGGACAUGAGCACGAAAGGAAUCAAGAAAGGCCAACAGAAGUAUGACCCAGCGUUGUGUAUGCCGGUGGUGUUGGGUACGCAGGAGGACUUCGCGAGCGUAGAGCCUAGCCUAGUGGUGUUAGUGAAGCGCCAUGGAGGAGUGGCAAUCAUGCUCCCCAAGUUCCACUGCGAGAUCAACCCGAUAGAGCUGGUGUGGGGUAGAUCCAAGUAUUGGGUCCGGCAGCACUGCAAGACGGUGGCCAACUUCAAAGAGGUGAACUGCGACGGACUCCAGGGCGCGGAAGCAGUACAGAAGAGGGACACCUUUAAGUCUCACCGCAAGCCAACUCCGUCAGAGUACAUUAACCCUAAGUGA